GCACGCUCGGCCAGCAAUGGCGGCGGCGGUCGGGGCGCGGUGCCGGGCGGCGGCCGCUCGGCUGAGCUGGGCCCGAGGGCUCUGUGGGGUCCCGAAGGUGCGGGUGGCGCUGGGGGAGCAGCAGCAGCAGCAGCAGCAGCAGCAGCAGGAGGCGGAGGAGGAGGCGGAGGCGCGCGGCCCCGCGGCGUUCGCGGCGGCGCUGUCGGAGCUGGAGCGGGCGCCGGGGCGGCGCGUGGGGCGUCUGGAGCUCGUGGAGGCGGCGCUGGCGGCGAUGCCGGCGCUGGGGGUGGAGCGGCAGCGGGAGGCCUACAACCGGCUGUUACGGCUGCUGCCCCGAGGGCCCUGGGUGCCCCGAGGGCCGGUGCAGCGAAUGCUCGCGCCCUUCCCGAGGCAGCAGGAGUGCGGCCUCCAGGUCCUGGAGCAGAUGGAGCGCUACGGUGUGAUGCCGGACGCAGAGACACGGUUUUUGCUCCUGGGAAUCUUCGGGCCCCGCAGCCGCCCUGUUCGGAAGUGCCAGCGGAUGCUGUACUGGUUUCCGCGGAUGCGCCACGCAGACCCCCACCCGUUACCCCCUCAGCUGCCACCCCGCGGCCUCCCCAUGGCUCGACUCGGCCUGCGCCGCAUCGCCAACGACCACGAUGCCCGCCUCACCGUCUACCAGUGGCCGGUGCCAGAUGAAGGGGACAAGGAGGGCUCCGUCCAGCCCUACAUCAUUGGCGCCCAGAGCCCAGAUCAGCAGGAGCUCCUGGCUCGGCACGGCCCAAACCGGCCCGUCUUCGUGGAGGGACCGUUCCCACUCUGGCUACGCGGCACCCGCCUGAGUUACUACGUCCUGCGGGGAGACCCCCUGCCCCCCCACCUGCGGGAGGAACCCCUGGAUCCAGAGCGCAGCCUGUACUACCCCCUACAACUCGACUUGGACCUGGAACGCGGUCCCUGGGAUGACGACGAGUUCGAUGUGGAUGAAGUGGAGGAGGGCCCCGUCUUCGCGCUCUGCAUGGCAGGCGCGGGCGAUCGACGCACGCUGGGCAAAUGGAUCGCGGGGCUGCAGGUGACAAACCCCGUCCUGGGCUGCACCCCGGUUCUCUUCCGCCUGGCGGAUGGAGACCCCGCGCCCCCCCUGCAGCUCGAGCCCCCCCACCCCCAGAGCCUCGGGGAUGGGGGGGGACCCCAAUAAACGAGGUGUCACAACAGAGAGUCGG